AUGCCGAAGCCAAAGAAGACCCCGGCAAUCCACAAGAAAAAGAUCAAACAGCUAAAAGCCCGUCUCCGCACAGCAAUAAUAAAGAUCCGCAAGCUAAAGCGAAGGAACUGCGCACUCCAGCGCAUCAGACCUCCUCCCCGGACCUUCAGAUACUACCCCCGAAUCAUCAGGAUCCUUGACGUCAAGACCGUCCACCGCUUCUCCCGCCGCCCUCUCGAGAUCCGACUUAAAUCUCAUCCCCGUCCUCUCACCCUCAACCCCCUGAACCCUCUCCCCCUCGACCACUUCUCCAACAUCCACUUCCAGAUCCGGCUGAAAUCUCGUCCGCCCCCGCAGAUCACGAAGCCGCCGGAACUGACAGAAUUCCACUACUUCCCCUACCUCCCCUUCGAGAUCCGCGUCCCGGUCUGGAAGUUGGCCGUCGACACUGCGCCGGACCGACGCGUAAUCCUGCGCGUCGACCCUCCAGAAUAUAGCGAACCAAACAGGCCAAAUGCACUCCCCUGGGCUCAAAUCAGUUCAUCGGCCCGGAUACCUGCGUUGCUGCACACAUGCCAUCUCUCUCGUCAUCAGGCGCGGGAGCGAUGGGAACUCUCUAUGGCGGUGUACCCAGAGCAUGUGAGGAGGGUUUAUAUCGAUGUAGCGACGGAUUCGAUUUUUUUUCCUAGCUUGACUUUGUUAUGGCUAUGGCAAGAGAGGGGGGACCAGAGGGAGGUUUUGAGGAUUGCGGCGGAGUCGAAAGUGUUUGUGUUGUGUGAGGGGAAAAUAUCAAGGAGGUGUUAUACUGGUAGUAUUAUUGACUUGGAGGAGUUCAACCCUGCGUCCAACGAUGAUGGAAAUUAUUACUGAGGCAUUAUGCCGGGAUACGAGAGCUAAGGCUUGGGCAU